UUAUGCAUAUUGAAAUAUAUGGGCCCUUCCCACUCAGAAUUCGAGAUGCAGUUUGCAUUUCUUCAAUCUUCUAGUAUUCCAGAGUUCCUAUAGCGACAAGGUAUCGGCGAGUUUUACAACUUGGGAAUGGAAAUAUGUUCUAAUUUGGGCAAAAUAUCUUCCUUCAACACCUUCUUCUUCUUCUUUUCUUUUUUCUCCUGGGAUCGUCAAUGUCUGAAUAAGGUUUCGUUUGCCCUUUUUCUGGUCCUGUCUGUUUCAGGCGGUUGUAAUUGUGUCCUGUAGAGCCAGAAGGAAAAAGUACAGUUGUGAUGGAUGAUUUACCAGAUGAGUUAGUUUGGAAUAUUUUGAGCAGGAUCAAGAAAACCAAUGACAGAAACUCUGUGUCUUUAGCAUGUAAACGCCUUAACGAAUUGGAUAAUGAACACAGGCAAUCUAUUCGGGUUGGCUGUGGAUUAGACCCUGCAAAUGAAGCUUUGACUUCCCUAUGCAAUAGGUUUCUGAACUUGGCAAUAGUGGAGAUAACUUACUCUGGUUGGAUGUCCAAACUAGGAAAGCAGUUGGAUGACCAAGGGCUUCUCAUCCUUUCCAGUUGCUGCCCUUCUCUAUCUGAUCUCACCUUAAGCUACUGUACGUUUAUCACUGAUGUGGGUCUUCGUUACUUGGCUUCUUGCUCCAAGCUUGCCGCUUUGAAGUUGAAUUUCACUCCUAGAAUCACAGGUUGUGGCAUUUUAUCUCUUGUCGUGGGCUGCAGAAAUCUAACCAUUCUCCACCUUGUCAGAUGCAUGAAUAUUACCAGUGUUGAGUGGCUUGAGUAUCUAGGCAAGCUUGAAAGACUUGAGGACCUUUCAAUUAAGAACUGCAGAGCAAUUGGGGAGGAUGACUUGAUUAAGCUAGGUCCUGGCUGGCAGAAACUAAAAAGGUUGCAAUUUGAGAUGGAUGCUAACUACAGAUAUAUGAAGGUUUCUGAUAACUUAGCUGUGGUUCGAUGGCAAAAGCAGGGGUACCCAUGUGAAAACCUGCUGGAGCUUAGCAUGGUGAAUUGCAUCAUCAGCCCAGGGAGAGGUCUUGCUUGUGUGCUGGGGAAGUGUAAGAACUUGGAGAAGAUUCACUUGGAUAUGUGUGUUGGGGUAAGGGACUGUGACAUUAUUGGCUUAGCCCAAAGAUCUAGUAAUCUUCGAUUCAUUUCAUUGCGAGUUCCGUCUGAUUUCUCACUGCCUCUUUUGUUGAACAAUCCUUUGAGACUGACAGAUGAGAGUUUAAAAGCUGUGGCUCAGAGCUGUUCGAUGCUUGAAUCAGUGAGGAUAUCUUUUUCAGAUGGAGAGUUUCCUUCAUUUUCUUCAUUUACAUUAAAUGGAAUGCUUACUUUGAUACAAAUGUGCCCUGUUCGGGAACUUGCUCUUGACCAUGUUUAUUCAUUCAAUGAUGUUGGAAUGGAGGCUCUUUGCUCAGCCCAGUACCUUGAAAUCCUGGAGCUUGUAAGAUGCCAAGAGAUUAGUGAUGAGGGACUGCAGCUUGUGGGUCAGUUUCCUCGAUUAUCCAUUCUACGAUUAAAGAAGUGUUUGGGGAUUUCUGAUGAUGGCUUAAAGCCACUUGUGGGGUCAUACAAAUUGGAAUUGCUGGUUGUGGAAGAUUGUCCACAUAUUUCUGAAAGAGGGGUUCAGGGAGCUGCAAGAUCUAUAUCUUUCAGGCAGGACCUUUCAUGGAUGUACUGAUCCUGUUCUGGGCUCUUGAACAUUAUUUAACCUAGUGUGUUUGGUUUGUGAAUGUAAAAUAUAUAGUUUCUGUAAAAGUGAGUCAUUUAAUACAAUAUUUGUAUAAAAUUGGUUGUGCAGUGAGUUUGCCUUUGCUGACUA